AUGAUUGUCUUAUUCUUUAACGGUUUUUUAAUAUUCUUAACAUCAACGGAAGACACAGAAAAAACUUUUGACACCACCACAAAAUGGACAAAAACUGAUACACAUUGUUUCAAUAUAACAACUCCAGGACAAAAUACGGCAUUAGAUCCAAAUGAUCGUGUAUACAUUACUUGGAAGAUGUUAAAGGAAUGUUAUGAAUUGGUCAAAGAAUCAUUAGAAAAUAUAAACAAUGAACAAAGUAAUAAAUUUGAAACUUCUACACCAACCUUAAUAACAACUUUAACGAAUAAGACAUUUAAUGAAGAUGAAGUAAUGCACUUUAUGUUUAAAUCUUUUACACUUGUAUUAUAUAAUAACCCAAAACAAGUCGGCUUAAUUUCAAUACCAAAAAUAAAAUUUGAUUAUUCGUUCGUAAUCACGAAUAAUACUAAUUCAUCACCAUAUUUAUGGGUGGUACCGUUUAUCAAACCUGAUAGUGUUAAAAGUAUGGAUUUAUUUUUCAUCAGAGUUUCUUCAUUAGGCAUUGUUAGUGGGAUGCAGGACGAGUUUUCGGGUGUGGUAGGGCCUUUUGGAAUUAAUCCCGAGGCUGCAAAGUUUCCAAAAACUUUGUUCGCACCCGUCCCUACUGAAACAGAAAAUAUUGGUGAUGGAGGACCUACGCAUUUUGAUGAAACGGGAAACCUUCAUGAACCAACUCCAACAGAGGUAGUCGAUCGAAAUGGUGUAAAAAGCAAUAAUGCAAAUACCAUAGAUAACAGUGCAACUAUAGCUGGAUUUAUAGGAAUGCUUGUAAUUUUUAUUGUAUGUGAAUUGGGUUAA